GAGAGAGAGAGAGAGAGAGAGAGAGAUGCUAAAGCAGGCGAUAAAGAGAAAGAUGACUGAGAAUACUUGUUGAUCGCGAUCCCCCGUCCAUCCGCCAUGUUUUCUAAGCCUUCUAUCCUCCUUUUUCUCUUGCUCUGCUGCUUUCCAGCACUCGCAACGCCAGGACCAGAUGCGACGAUUACCGUGGGCUCGUUCAUCACCGCCGACAAAAGUAACUCGGAGGCCGCGGCCUGGUUUUCCCCCUCCCGCCAAUUCGGCUUCGGUUUCUACUCGGUGGGGAACGAAUUUGCCGUCGGCAUAUGGUUCGUCCCCAACAGAACCAUCGUAUGGACGGCUGACCGCGAUGGUGAGCUCAUCCCUGAAAAUAGCAAGCUCCAUCUCGCUGAAGACGGAAUCCAGAUACCCAGCCCCAACGGCGAUAGAUCUAUCGCGAACAUCUCCACCACUGCAAAGCUUGCGUCGGCCAUGAUGCUAGAUUGCGGUAACUUCAUCAUCAUGGACGUUAACAACAUCAUCACUUGGCAGACCUUCGACAACCCUACCGACACCCUCAUGUCUGGCCAGGUACUCAAAGCCGGGAACAAACUAGUCUCCAGCGUCUCAGCCACCAACCACUCAAGCGGAAGGUUUCAGAUCGUGAUGCAGGAGGACGGAAACUUCUUUGCGCGCCCAGUAAACACCCCAGACACUUCCGCCCACUUUUACUGGUCCUCCAACACCAGCGGCGACGGCUACACCGGCAUACUCCUUGGCAUAAAUGAACCGGACGGGUUUCUGCGGAUAUACAAGACCAGCAGUAACUUAGCGCAGUUUGCAAGCGAACUGCCGGACGACGACAAUGGCUUCGAUAUGUGCUCCAUAAAAGGCGCGUGCGGCCAAAACAGCUACUGCAGUUUUACCGCCGGAGUCGCUAAUACUUCCACCGGCUUCGUCCAAGGAGAGGUGGCAUGCCUCUGCUUUCCUGGCUACGACUACACUGACCGGAGCAAACCGUAUAUGGGUUGCGAGAAGAAUUUCUCCAUGGGACAAUGCGUCACAGAUAAUAACUUCUCGUACUCCAUCACCAAACUGACUAACAUUUCUUGGAGCGAUGACCCGUAUACUUACUCCGACCACAGCACGGAGAAGGAUUGCCGUGACUCGUGUUUACACGACUGCAACUGCUACGCCGCUCUGUUCUUCUCGUGCCAGAGAUGCAGUAAGCAAAGGCUUCCGCUCUUGUACGGGAGGUCGAUAGAGUCCACCGUCGCGUUUCUCAAGGUUGGCUCCGGACAGAUGCAGCUGCCGCCACAACUACCAGCUGAAGAAGCGAUCGUUAAAGUCCCGAGACGAAAAACUCUGCUUUUAAGCAUGGCGUUAGCUUCAGUGUUAAUCGUUUCUCUGGCUGUAACGAUCAUCAUCUUCUACAAAAACCGAGACCCUAGCUACAAAAGGCUGUGCAGAAACAUGGAGACCGGCCUGUCGGGAGGGUUGGCGCCGCGGUUCUUUACGUAUCAUCAGCUAGGAGUGGUUACAGACGGUUUUACCAAACCCCUUGGGAAGGGGGGUUUCUCCACAGUAUUCAGAGGGGAAAUCCCUCUGAACAACGGCGAGGUGAUGCCCAUAGCGGUGAAACGGCUGGACAAGAAACUGUCGGCGGUGAACGAGAAAGGGUUUCGCACUGAGAUGAGAGCCGUGGGACGAGCGCAUCACCGAAACAUCGUGCGGUUGCUCGGAUUCUGCCACGAGGGACCCAAAUGGUUGCUCAUUUACGAGUACAUGAGCCGGGGCUCGCUCGCCCACCUCAUCUUCCCAAAAGAUAAGGCCCAUGCCCGGCCAAGCUGGAAGGAGAGGUCUGGCAUGGCUAUGGAUGUGGCCAGAGGACUCCUCUACCUUCACGAAGGAUGUGACAACAUUAUCAUCCACAGCGACAUCAAGCCCGAGAAUGUGCUCGUGGGCGAAGAUGGCACGGCCAAGAUUGGCGACCUCGGAUUGGCGAAGCUACUUAGGCCGCGGCAGUCAGAGACAUACACUAGCCCAAGGGGGACUUUCCUCUACCAAGCACCGGAAUGGAGAAAGGAUGCGACUGAGCCUGUGUCGCCCAAAGUCGACGUCUACAGCUUCGGCGUUCUCCUGCUUGAGCUGAUAACCUGCAGGAAGUACUUUUUGGGCGACGCGGAGAAUGACAGCAGCAUUCUGUCCGAGCUGGUUUAUAAGUGCUUGAUAGAGUCGACAUUGGAGCGGUUGGUGCCGGAAGGAGAGAACGUGAACAUGGCGGAGCUGAAGAUUAUGGUCAUGGUGGCGCUCUGGUGCGUGCAGGAGGUGCCUGGUCAGCGCAAGUCCAUGAAGGAAGUGGUCCGCAUGCUGGGAGGAAAUAUGAGCAUACCAAUGCCUCCCGAUUCUCUUGUCUAGAAAUAAUUAUUAUGUAAUAAAUGUAUUGGAUAUAUUUGGUGAGCUUAGAUUAACAUCUCUAAAAGACGAAAAAAUACUACCUCAAUACUGA